UGCGGCUAUUUUUACGGUGUUUGGCUCAUGUCGCGCCUAUAGAUCAGUCAGAAUAGCCUGGCGGCGGCAAAAGUACUCCAAUAAUACGCCGCCACAGCGCCAGCUACUCGCAGCUCAGUAGCGCCGCUGCACCAUUGGCGUGCAGCACACUGUGCCUAAUUAACGCCGCCGGAACGCGCACGCCGCCGCGGUCCACCAACGAAUAAAAAGAGAUGGCCCGAACGCGCGGCUUCGACCGCCCUUUAACAACAAAUCAGCUCGCGAGCUGGAUAGGAAACGCCCUCGCGACGGCCUGGUUUUAUGGUGUGGUGGCUUGGGUCUUGUUGCGGGAUCGAAGGCAUUGCAACGAACGCGUUGUCGCUAUUAUGGUCAUACCGCACGUUCUGUGCGUCUUGGUCGGCCUGUGUUGCUGGUUGUUUAUGGAAACACAUAACCCAACAAAAGCGUCGUGCUUCGGAUCUUGUUUAGGAGACACGCCGCGCUGGACGAAGAAGCGCUAUUGCCGCGAGCACAAGGCGUCGAUCGAGGGGCUCGACCAUUUUUGCACGUGGUUGAACGUGAGCGUCGGACGGCAGAAUUAUGUUCCGUUCUAUCUUUUGAGUAUGGCGGGCACGGUCCAAUACGCCUUACAUACGGCCAUCUGUGUUUUCAUCAUCGUCUCGUGUCGACGGGCAAUAGCUCUGGGCACAUUGGUCGUCAUCGGCGCGUGCGGCUUGCUGGGCUUCGGCAUCUUAUUGGCCUACGCCGCUUUGUUCGGCUUCCACACGUACCUCGCCUUUCUAGGCAUAGGCACCUACGACUGGAUCAUCGACCAGCGGAAGGCCCCUGCGACCGAGAUGACGGGCCGCGUCGGGGACGGUUAAGCAAAGGUACUUAAUAGACACACCCCUCCCCGUAU